GGGCUGACAGAGAGGGGUGGCUGUGCUCUCCUUUCCAUUGCCGCCUCGGGUGGCCAGAUCGGCCCUGGAGUCUCCAUGUCCGUAGACACCCCCCCAUCCUCUGGUCUGUUCUAGAAACAGGCUCUCUGCCUUCAUUGGACUGUGCUAUCCAUGGACUCUAUGGUCCUUCUGAGAGCUCCCAAACUACCCUGCCUUGUAGGCCUGGCGCGGCAGGGUCACAUUGUCCACAACUGGAAGGCGCGAUGGUUCGUCCUUCGGCAGAACACGCUGCUGUACUACAAGCUCGAGGGGGGUCGGAAGGUGAACCCUCCCAAGGGCCAGAUCCUCCUGGAUGGCUGCACCAUCACCUGCCCCUGCCUGGAGUAUGAAAAUCGACCCCUCCUCAUUAAGCUGAAGACUCGCACAUCCACAGAAUAUUUCCUGGAGGCCUGUUCUCGGGAGGACAGGGACGCCUGGGCCUUUGAGAUCACAGGGGCGAUUCACGCUGGGCAGCCGGGGAAGGUCCAGCAGCUCCACAUACAGAGAAACUCCUUCAAGCUGACCCCUCACAUCAGCCUGCAUGGCAUCGUGGACAAGAUGCACGACAGCGGGAGUGGAAUCCGGCCAAGCCCCAACCUGGAGCAGGGAAGCACCUACAAAAAGACCUUCAAUGGCUCCUCCCUGGUGGACUGGCUCAUCUCCAACGGCUUUGCAGCCAACCGUCUGGAGGCCGUGACCCUGGCCUCCAUGCUCCUGGAGGAGAACUUCCUGAAGCCAGUCGGCGCCCGGAGCACGGGAGCCGUGCGCUCUGGGGACCUGGCCGAGCAGUUCCUGGAUGACUCCACGGCCCUGUACACCUUUGCUGAGAGCUACAAGACGAAGAUAAGUCUCAGGGAAGACAUUAAUCUGAGCACCAUGGAGUUGAGUGGCACGGUGAUAAAGCAAGGCUAUCUGGCCAAGCAGGGCCACAAGAGGAAGAACUGGAAGGUGCGGCGCUUUGUUCUGAGGAAGGAGCCGGCGUUCCUGCAUUACUACGACCCUUCCAAAGAAGAGAACCGGCCAGUGGGUGGGUUUUCCCUUCGUGGUUCACUCGUGUCUGCUCUGGAGGACAAUGGCGUUCCCACCGGCGUUAAAGGGAACGUCCAGGGAAAUCUCUUCAAAGUGAUUACUAAGGACGACACACACUAUUACAUCCAGGCCAGCAGCAAGGCUGAGCGAGCCGAGUGGAUCGAAGCUAUCAAAAAGCUAACGUGACGGGGACCUGAGAGACCAGGACCAGGAUUCCUCCCACCUUCCAGAUGACACCGACAGAGGUUCCCAGAAAAUGAGUGUUAAUGUAACUUUAUUUUGUACUGUUUCGGAGUGAGUCUACUGAAGAGUUUCCUAGAUUACAAUGGGCAACGGUGCUAUUUCCUUCCCCACCUUCAUGUUAACAACCUGGAAAUGCUAGAACAGCCAUUAGGCGUCAGCAUGUUGACUUUCGCCAAUCAUCACAGCCGGCCAUUCCUUGGGCACCAAAGUAGGUUUGCCUUAUAACACUAACUGGCCACAUUAUACUACUAAAUAAAGCUAGUCUCAUGGCACUGCCUCUGAAAUGCUGUCAACAGCUAUUAACUCCUUCUUUAGGAUUAAUAAAAAUUGGCAUUUGUUUCUGGCUAUUAGAAUUCCCUUCCAAAGUUUCAGUUUUCAAAGGUUUUUCAUGCUUGAGACUAUAGGAAGUAAGCGAGGUGAUUAUGAAGACACCUCAAGUGAUCUCUGUGACUAAGACAUGCUUUAUUGCAAAGUGGGAUGGUGGCAAAAUUUUGCUUGAACAUUCAUAGAAUAUUGUUUUCCUUUGAAAAAUAAGCUUGCAUUAAGUAUUACACAUCACAGAAAAAGCAUGGACUCAGUUGAAGAUAUUAGUGACACAUACUAAAAAAAGGGUAAAAUUAUAGCUUUCCUGUGGAAAAUACCAUAUAGAAAGAAGCAGAGCAGAGCUCUCUAAAGGACAGAGAAAGAUAAAAACAGGAAAAGAGUUAAAUCAAGGCAUGAAAUAUUUGGUUUUAAAGUGAACAUUGAGACAAAUAUUGUUGGAAGGUUAACCUGCAGUAGUGAAAAGUCUGUAUCAUACAAUUAUUUUAAAAAACAUUUUUAUUGCUUUCAAGUUCAUACAGUAAACUGGCACAAGAUACUGCCAGCAUUCUUGCUUAGUACAAGUACUUAGACUUCCUUUAAUGAAUAGGUUAAGAUCUGUAACUGACACUUAAGGGGACUAGAUACUUCCGAAGUAAACAUUUGUCCUUGGUUUGAACUAUUCUCUUAAUUUCAACUAUAAUACUUCACCUGAGUGAUCAGAAUUCCAAGCAAAUGAGGUUUUACUUCAUUCCUUAGAUUGUAAAGAGAUUGCCUUUUAGAGCACCAUUUUCCGUUUGGCAUUUUACCAGGUCUAAUGUCCCUGGAAUUAGUUUAUUGCUUUUGGGAUAUCAACAGUUUAUCUGAAUUUGACUGUAUUUGGUUUGAUGGCUUCUUCUCUAAACUGGUACAACUGUACCACACUGCGUAGGACAGAGUCCUCACGCAUUUAAAAUAGAUGACCAUCACCUUGAGGCAAAUCAGGGAACAACUCUUAUCAAGGUACUAGUAUGUUAAUUUUUAAAAUCCCAAACCAUUUGAAGUCAACUGUUUUUGAUGUCAAAGUAGCUAAAUCGAGAAUGUUUGAAAGUCUACCAGCUGAGUAAUAACUGUAUUGCUAAGCACAAUGUAGUGCUUAGCAUGUCUCUGUAGGUUCCCACUUAGAAUUAUCCAAAGUAUUGGUUUGUCUUGUUUUGGUAUAAAAGAUAAAAAAUGGUUUGAAUGUUUUUUGUCAGCCAUUCUCAAUUAAUUAUGCAUUAAGAACCAAGCUAUUGCUAAGGUUCAGUUUUGAGUUGAUAACCACUUGACCUCAGUCCAAAGCAGAACAGGAAGUAGAUGAAGUUGUCCAAUUUUAAUGAAGAGGUUUUUUAGGGGGAGAUCCAAGAUUUGGAUAAACUGGUCACUUGCCUUUGAAAAUCUGUUGCUUCAGUUAUCUGGAGCUGGGUGUGUUAUCGUGUCCUUUAAAAGUGAUACUUUUAGGUCAGCAAGGUAUAUGUAUGCUUUAAGUUUAGUUAGUUCUAUCACUGAGGUAUCAAUCUUUUCUCUGGCAAGGGUCAUGAAUUUGCAACUAUUGUGGAACUGAAAAGGCCUGCAUGGAUAAAUUCACUCACCAUGAAGGCUACCAGCAUUUCUCAUUAGUUUUUGAAGUAUAAAAAUAUUCAGUAAACAAAAAUCCAAUUCCCUGUCGAUAGCAAACAUUUAAGGAGCACCUGCUAUAUUUUGAUGACAUCUGCUGUGAGCUUUACAGACUUUUUUGACUUCUCAAAAAGACCCAAGGUGAAAAUUAUGUGCUAAUUUUGAAUAUAUCCUGAUUUUCCUCUAAAUAUUCCCAGUAUGGUAUGCUAGCUAGCAACCAUGGCUCCCUUGUGGAGAUGGCUGUAUGAAGUCAGCUUUUGGAUUGGGACAACCUUCACAUAUGGCACAAACUGUCUCAUCAACACUAUUUUCCAGUCCCUUUAAUAUUGAAUCUAGUCCUGGAUUGAUGAAGGUGGAUACAGUUUCAUUUUCUAAGUAUUUAAAUGGCUAUUCGUCAGAAUAAUUUAAUAAAAUUAAUAUAUCUAGUACCUCAAGUACACGGAGAUUAAAUCUACGAAGACCUAAGUAACUCAAGACUUUCUAAACCCUGGUUAUUGUAGCUGUAAGUUCAAACCAUGUGUUUUCUAUGAAUGAAUUUAUUUACCUUUAAAUUUAUAUACCUUUAAAAUAACUAGUUCUUAAAGAUAAAAAUGAUGGAAACGUAGAAAAAUCAUGGUAAUUGUGUUCAAACAGAUCCCUAUUCCGUUAUAAAGAAAACUGAAGCUCUCUAGAUGACACCUAGUGAAUAUUUUAAUGGGGGGGAAAAAAUCUCAAGUUGGGUGAUGAGACUCAAAAUAACUAAAGCAGCAGCAUCUUAAAAAACAAA